AUGGCCGACGCUCUGUCCAUCGAACAGAACAACAAAAUCCGGGUGGCCCUGGGAUUAAAACCCCUCCCGGUACCCGGCGCCGACGCCGGCCUGGCCUUCCAGGAAUCCGACUCCGACGAUUCCAGCUCCGCGUCCGGCGAUGACGAGCCCGGCAGCACCCUAGAGUCGCGGGAGGCGGCGGCCUCGUCGAACUGGCAGAAGAUGCAGGAGGAGGCGGAGGCGAAACGGAAGCGCGAGGAGCGGAACGCCGCGAUCAAGAAAGCGCGCGAGCAGGCGCAGAGGGACGCGAAGCUGCAGGGCGCUACGUUGGGCGAGUCGAAUGAUAUGGAGGUGGAUACGAAGACGUGGCUGCUGCAGUCGAAGAAGAAGCAGAAGAAGAUUGAGAAGGAGCGGGCGCGCAAGUUGGCCGAGGAGCUGGAGGAGCGCGAACGGGCGGCGGAUUACUCGGCUGCUGAUCUGGCUGGAAUCAAGGUUGGACAUGGCGUUGGGGAUUUCGAAGGCGGCGAGGAACAUAUUCUGACGCUGAAGGAUACGACGGUGGACGAGAACGAAGAGGAGGGCGAUGAGUUGGAGAAUUUUGAACUGAGGGAGAAAGAUAAGACGGCGGAGAAGCUGGAGCUGAAGAAGAAGAAACCGGUCUACGAUCCUACCGCGGAGAACACCGGCAUUCUGGCACAAUACGACGAGGAGAUAGAUGGGAAGAAGCGCAAGCGGUUCACUCUCGACACGAAGGGCUCGACUGAGGAAGAGCGAGAGGCCAAGCGCCAGGAGGUGUCCGACAAGUUGAAGAAGAAUGUUAUCAGCCUUGACUUCGCCGCGGAAACGCCGGCGUCGGAUUACAUGGACGUGAGCGAGAUCAAGGUCAAGAAACCCAAGAAGAAGAAGGCCAAGGCCACCAAACAACGAGCUGUCCUGGACGAAGAGGAUAUAUUCCCCGCAGGCGAAUCGACAGGGACGCCGAAUGGUGCUUCCAUGGACAUUGACACGAGUAAUGGUCAGCCGGUCCCCGCACCCGCCCCCCGGAAACCGACCCGAGAAGAUGUCUCGUUCGUAGAUGACGAUGACCUACAAGCCUCGCUCACGCGUCAGCGACGGGCUGCCUUCAAGAAGCGACAGAAAAUGCGUCCCGAAGACCUUGCUCGACAACUGAAAGAAGAGGAAUCACAGACCCCGAUGGAAGUGGAGACACCUGGAGACAAUGAGGAAGAACCUGGACUGAUCAUUGAUGAAACGACCGAAUUUGUGUCCAACCUGCAGAAACCUACGCUGCCCGAACGACGCGAACGGGCGACUACGACACCCGGCGAAGAGCCACGGGCUACCACGGAAGAAGAAGCUGUCAAGGAAGAGCCCCAAGACGAGGUGGGCGAUGUGGACAUGGGGGUAUACAACGAUAUCGAGGACGAGGAAGAUCUGAAAGAGCGAAUCAAGCGCGACGAAUCCCAGGCCAACCAGCAAAUCAGUGGUACCGGUCUGGAGGAAGAAGCUACUCUCGAUUCCGGCCUGGGCGCGACGCUGUCGAUGCUCAAGCAGCGUGGCCUGGUCAAGUCAACCGAUGCCGCGGACCACACGUCCCUUGUUCGUGAUCGUCAACGCUUCCUGAACGAAAAGACGCGCAUGGAGACCGACGCCGAGAAGCGUGCGCGCCAGCAGCGUGAGCGCGACCGAGCCUCCGGCAAAUUGGAUCGCAUGUCGGCUCGCGAGCGAGAAGAGUACGCGCGAUGGGAGAACAAGCAGCGUGACCAGCAGGAUGCUCGUCACAUGGCAGAGGUGUUCAACCGAGAGUACAAGCCCGACGUGCAGCUCAAGUACACGGACGAGUACGGACGCGCGAUGAACCAGAAGGAGGCCUUCAAGCACCUGAGUCACCAGUUCCACGGCAAGGGCAGCGGCAAGAUGAAGACGGAGAAGCGACUGAAGAAGAUCGAGGAAGAGCAGAAGCGUGAGGCAAUGAGUGCCUUGGACAGCAGUCAACGCACGGGAAUGAACAACGCCAUGGGAGAGACGGCGAAAAAGAAACGCCAGGCUGGUGUGCGACUGGGUUAG